UUCAAUGGAGGAGGAGCAGCAGGACCGCAGAGAGCCGACACACGACCAGUACCGUCUCACCGCCGUAGCGCCAUGGACCGGGGGAAGUCACACGGCACUCCGAGAGACGUCUGAACGAUGCUGUUCAUCGCUACUGUGAGCUCAAGCUGCCGGAAACGCAGAAGGAGAAAACAGGUGAAAGUAAACUAAUUGGUUUCAACCUGACUGAGUAAAGACAACUCGUAGAGCGUUCCUGAUGACGGAGUUGGGAAUAUACUAAAAGUUUGUUGAAAGUGGAGACAGCCUAAUUUGUACAGGCCUCAGAAAAACAAUUCUAAUUGCGGUUGUGCUCACAGUAUGGACAGGAAUCAUCAGGCUUCUGUUUUAAAGCAUUACGAGGUUAAAAACAUGCAUGAGAAAGAACCAGUGUUAUCUCUGAAUGGAGAGGUGGUCCUCAGUUCUAGUUACAUUCUAAACGGUUAUUCCAGCAAGCCCACCGACAACGACGGUAGCGGCUCUGAGAGCGGAUACACGACACCGAAAAAGAGGAGAGCGAGACGCAGCAGCAUGAAGGGCCCAGAGAACACGAGUCGGGAAAAGGAGAAAGCAGCGAAGCCCUAUUCUAAACAGGAUACAGAAACUUCAAACCAGGAGGGGUCUGGGAAAGCGCUACACUCUCGACCUAACUGCACCAGGACUUACCUUAAACCAGAGGUGCACGCAGGGGCUCGUAGGACAGGUGUUCAGGACGCAAGCCUUGUGUCCGAGGUGCAGCAUAGAAACUCAGACAGCAAGACGUCUUUUGGUCUUGUUGGUAAAAAGACCGAUGAUCGGAUCGGUAAAACCAAACUGGUCUCCUCAGUGAGCUCUAAAGAGGACUCGUGGACUUUGUUCAAGCCUCCACCUGUGUUUCCUGUGGACAACAGCAGCGCUAAGAUAGUCCCGAAAAUCAGUUACGCAAGCAAAGUUAAGGAGAACCUCAACAAAGCGACGCAGGCCAGUGCAGAGACGUCACAAACGUCUGGAAAGCUCUCUCACGUUCCCAUGUCUGCUGUAAAAACUGUCACAUCUGCAAGCUUUCCGAACAUCCCUGCAUCUCUGGAUGAUAAUGGGUGUUACUCUGUGGAAACAUCUUUCAAUUCCAUUUCUGGUGAUAACGGUGUACCUUCUGGUUCCUCGAACCAGGUUGAAGAGGACGGAGAGUCCGCCCCAGAUAACGGUUGCACCUCGUCGUCUUGUCUGUCUGCUCCAGAGCCACGGAAAUCGAGUCUUUUUGUUUACCCGCACAAACCUUUAAAUAUGCAACCCCCUGCUGCUCAGACAAAUCAGAAAGCUCUCGGGGACAUCUUCCAGAACCAGUGGGGCCUGUCGUUCAUCAACGAGCCCAAUGCAGGCCCAGAAGGGGCGUCUGUUUCUCGUAAGGCUGUGCCAUUGGAAAUUUCAGACAUUACGUUUCAGGGUGGAAAUAUUCCGUUCCUCAUCCAGCCAUCCCUGAACGCCGUUUCUCUCCCAGCACCUCAGGAUGUGCAGAGAAGGACUAACGGGACCGAUGUGGCUGUGAAACCAUGUUCCGCUUCCCGCACUGCCACCAGUCAGGACUGUCCACAACCCCAACCUGCCCAUCUGGAAGAGUGUAAAACGGAGUGCAGGAGUUCAGGCGCUUCUUACGAGGAACUGGAAGCAGAGUUUAUGAUGAACUACGAGGAUUUGUCUCAGAUGCACACUGUAAACGAGCAGGAUGGAGCUCACGGGUGGGGAUGGGCUGAUCUGCAAGCUGCUGUCCUUUACCACACUAAAGAAUUUGAGUAUCUUCUCACUCUUCACAAGCAAGAUCCAAAAAAGGUGAUGUAUUAUGAAGAGAUCAUGGACGGACCUGAUCAUUGAGGUGUUGAGUAUCAGUAUUGCAUCUGCUCCACCUUCGGUGCUACACUCAGAUCUGAUCCUGGAUGUGAACCUUCUGGUCCGACCACAACCAACCAGACAGGAGUGUUGGAUGAUGAAUGGAGUUGUUGGUUUGUUCUGCACAUUAGACUGCUUUGAGCUGUACAGAGGCAGUGGACUAUGCACAAACACUAUCGCAAAACUGUUUAAGGUGGAAGGGAUUUUGUGUGGGGGAGUGAUGCAGCCACCACCCUGGAGCUUUCCAGAUACAAAUACAAUCUUCCCAGUCAUUCAGUUUCAUCCUGCAUUGAAAUUAGUCAUGCUUGUUAGUCCCCCCCCCAUUUAUGCAAUGCUCAUAAACAGUCCAGAAGGGCAAAUUUGAAUCUUUCUGACCUUCCUGCUCAGGAGGAAGAACAGAAAUUGAUUAUUCUUAACUUUAUCUGCUUGAAAAAAAAAAGCCCUAAACUUUUUCUUUUCCUUCUCUCCCCCUCCUCUUUCUUUUCUGUGUGAAGUCAUGAUCCAGCAUUGCAACAAGCUUGAAAUCACUUCUUGCUCAGCAGGCUUGUUGUAGCAUGAGAGAGAGAGAGAGAGGGGAAAAAACCCCAAACUUUUAUUUUAGAUUUCUGCAGAAAGUCAUUUAGAGCUCAGUAUUAUUAAUAUUUCCCAACUAGUCAUCGUAGAAAAGUGUGUAUCGUUCCUAAAAGUUGGGCUUCUCAGCGAUGCGUUACUUGAAAUACACGGCUGAGAAAAUGGAAAAGGAAUGGAGGGGAAAAUAAAAUCCUCUAAUGAAAGAGUUUAGAUGAGGAAACCUUGGUGGCAUCCCACACUGACCAAGUUGAACUUUUUUUUUUUUUAAUAAUACAGCAAAUAAAUACAAACGACUUUGUUGUGCACGCUGCUGAGAAGCAGCUGUGACCGGACAGAGCUGUACUCGGUCUUUUCCGUUCUUUCUGGUGUAAGACUGUAAUAUUUCUUUGCACAUUUCUGUUGUGAGAGCUAAUGUAAAAGCUGCAACCGUAAUCAGCUGAUUGUACUCAAGCCUCACCAUCUACUGUGACAUUUCAUGAGCAAGGCCUUUCUUCAGAACUCAAUGGUACACUGUGCCGAGGUAUAUCGCGGUCACUUUUUUUUUUUUUUAAUCAUCUUGGACACACAGACCAAAGAUCGGGCCGGAGUUUGAGUUUAGAUGACCAUCUCUUAGGCUUGGUUUAAAUAAGCAAUCUUUCUUUUUCUUUUUCUAACCAAGCAAAGGUGUUUGGCUCAUCAUAUGAGUAAUAGCACUUUAUACACACGUACUGGUUUAAAGUUGACUACACCUAUCUGAAACAUGAGUUACUAACUCCUGCUUCGAAUGGCUUUGAGCUGUUGUGCUUUCAAGAAUAAUUAACUCUUUUUACUCAGGUAGAAUUGGGGGAAGCCAUUGCAAAGCGGAGCGUUUUUGUUUUUUCUUUUCACACGGUGCGUUUGAUGGAGAAUGAUCCCAGCUAGCGUUGGCACGUGUUCCUCUUCUGUGUACUCGCUAUUCGUCAAAACUCCUGCUUCUCAAUUCCUUCGUAUGUUGGAUUGAUGUGAUCACAAUAUGGCCUGUGUUUUUGUUUUUCUUUUAAAGGUGCAGUUUGUAAUUUUUAAACCGUUUAAGGGUGCUGUCACACGCUUAUCAAAGUGUAAUCAAUACUUUUUUUUAAAAUUGUUUUAUGCUUGGUUUUUCACAAUGCAUGUAAUUCAGUGAUUCAAAAAAAAAAACUUGGAUGAGGGGGCGUGUAGGACAGAAAACGUGGCCGCCUCGUUCGUUCAUUCGUCAGGAAAAAAAAAUUGAUGUCGAAGUCAUGAAAUUGACCUGAGCUUGGAGACUUUGUAAUGCGCGCUAAAUAAAUGACUAGAUAAAUAUAUAAUUAGAUUAAAAUGUUUUGUUAUAUCCACUAUUUGUCUCAUAUUAUUGAUCGUUGGUCCAAAUCUCCAGAGGGCAUCACAUUUCUGCAGCACUGCAGCUGGUUCUGGUUCAGUUUACAAAAAAAACCCAUCCUGAAAGGAUUCCUGAGUCGGUUCACUUUCUCAUUGUAAUCGAAUCACACUUUGAAGCUCUUGCACGAACAAGCUGCUUGUUUUGGUCUACACUUGAAUAUGAUUGUGGUGUCAUGAUUCACACCUGCUGGAAGAACGGCCCAGAGGAGGAGAACACACCGGGGUUCCGCUGAAACGUGUUAAACGCUAUACGAGUGAAAGAAACCUAACUAACCUCUGAUGAUUUUCAUUUUCACUUUAGAAUUAUACAAUGUUUGCAUUACAUUUGGAAUGGAUUGAGCUUGUUUUAAUUUUUAAGCAUCUGUUUACAGUUUUCUUGCCUGGAAAUUAGCUCCGCCCAUACCCCCACACACUGUUUUUCCAAGGACAGCUGCUCAGCACUGACGUUUCCAGCAGAGUGGGUGUGGUCAGUUAUUAUGAAGAAGAGGGUGGGAUUAAAAGACUUUCACUGUAGUGGAUAAAAAUGACAAACUGCUCCUUUAAAAGAUGACACAUUACUGCUUUAACCCAAGUCAGCUGUGGACAGUCGGAUUCUCUUGUGCACCCAGUUAUAUGCAAUCGCAGGAGUUGUGUGCAGUUUAUCAUUUUCUUUGGAUUUGAGGAUUCCCCCCCGCACAAGGGCUGAAAACAUGCCGAGAGAUGCAGGAGGGAGGUUCAAGACGCUCAUUACGCUGGAACUGGUUUUGUCAGUGAGCAAAACAGCAGAUUGAGUGUUUGCAUGCUUCGCUAUUGAGAUGCGGUAUUUAAUCUCAAUUUUUUUUGGAAUAAAAUGUAGCUCGUUUUUAACUUGACAUAUUACUUCAUCGUGAGCAUUUCUGUUAGGUAGUGUUUUUUUUUUUUUCCAUUGUGUCACCUCAUUAAUAUUGUGCAAGUUAUUUACGUCUGUCACAUGAUCAGGAAACGCAGCGACUCUCGUCCCAAGUCGCGCAAGUUGAUUUUGUUCCAAUAAGCGCGUCACUAUUUUCAGUUAAACUUCUUAAUCAUGCCACAUUUAUGCACCUGUUUUUUUGUCUUUUUUUGACAUUAACAAAAAACAAACUCAUUUAAUUGUACUAUAAAUUAAAUUUUUAUUCACACUGAUGGUCCUGUUCAGAAUGGAUUUAAAAAAAUUAAACUAAUAAAGAAAUAAUAGUUUUUAAAUUCCAUGACAUAUUUUCAAAGCACUUAUUUUAUUUUAAGGUUCUAUUUUAUACAAAAGUAUAGGAGUGACACUAUAGAUGUAUAUGAUAUACAUGGGUAAGUUUGGUAUUUGAAAGGCUUUGUCUAGGCAUGUGCCGAUUUUUAUCUUUUAUACAACAUCCAUGAAGAGAUACAGAAAUGCGAUGUUACAGUUCAAAAGUUUGUGCACCCUGAGGCUGAAGGUUUCCUGUGAAUUGAAUAAUUUAUUGAAAGUGUAGUAUGAUGUGUUUUAUAUAUAUAUAUAAAAAAAGUAAUUUAUAUAGGUUAACAUCGGCACAUGUCUAGUUGUAUCGUAGCUUUAGGGAUGUAUGAGGCGGAGGAUUAGCAUGGACAUGAAAGCUGGUUUUGUGUGUGCGCCGAGUUGAAGCGGUGUGUGUGUUGCCCUGAAGAUGAUGUGCAAUGGCAUUUCGACUCCAGAGCUUAAGAUAUGCAAGUUUCCCUUGUUGCUCUCGCCUCCUGUUGGUGCCUGAACAAACCAUUUUAUUAUUUAGACGAUUUUAAUAUCUCCUUUUGUUUUUAGUGUUAUAUUCGAUUUCUUGUUUCAGAAACAAUCAGUGCCAUGAUUUCCUGUCUUUCCAACAGUUUCUUUUAUUUUACUUUGUAAUGUAUGGGGAUUGAUAGAUAUAAAAUACAUUUUUUUUUUUUAGCUGCGCUUUUAGAGGUCACUGUCCGAGUUUGACGUUUGAUCUUUUGAGGCCUGUGUUUAACAGUCUAAACGCUAAAUCACUAAAUCCAUUUUCGAGCCUUUGACACAGAUCUUUUCACUGGCUGAAUCGGUUUCCUUUAUCCCUUUCAACUAUAUGCUAAAUAAGCUCUUUUAUUUAUUUCCCAUGCACACACUAGACUAACUUUCAACACUGUGUUUGGGAGAAUGCACAUUUUAGGAAAUGUGUUUUGUUUGUUUUUUUCCUUCCCCUCUUUAAAUGUAGCUGAAUUUGUUUAAAAGAUUAUUUUAGUCAUGUUGAAUGGAGUAGGCUGCUGUCAGCCCAGCUUGCUGUGUAAUGGCUGGAGGACUCGUUGUCUUAUCUUUUUUUUUUUUCCUUUUCUUUUUUGGUGAGCUGUCAUCAGCAGGCAAAAAAAAAGGGAGAAACGGAUUUAGUUGUGGCUCAGGGGUGGAUAAAUGAUGUUUUUAUUAGCUAAUCCACCAGGCAAGCGAAAACGCCAGUAUCCUGCCUCGUCGUGUUUGGGUUGCCUGGAAAUGUCACUGACCAGAGGAAAAAGUAAUAGCUCAAGAAAUCUAAUCUAACUAACUGUAGCGAUUGUAUUAAAUUAAAUUUUUUUUUUUGGUAGUUUAGCAUUGCUAAAGUCAAUAAGGAGGGUUUUCUUUUUUUUCUUCCUUUGUUUAUUGAAUGUGCUUCAUCUGCUGGACAAGUACGAAUAAAAAUAAAUAAAAACAAAAAAUACAAUAUGCUAUCUGCUUGUGCCAGGAUUACGAGAUUUGUCCACCCCUGUGGCUGUUAGGCUUAUGAUAAACCACUGAUCUGUUCUGUGCUUGGAUUGGAUUCUGCCUCUUGGAUAAACAUGUGAAAUGCCUCAAUGGGAAAUCUUUACAGGAGACCUGGCAUAAUAAGACACAGUACUGUUCAAAUAUUUGAGGCUUUUUUUUUUUUUGGUGACAUGAAAAAGUGAAAAUCAUGUAAGGAUGCACCGAUCCCUUUAUUUGAUUUAUUUUAUGUACUGAAAUUAGAUACUUGCAUUAGGCUGAUGGGUUAUGCCGAUGAAGCAACAAUUCUGAGUUACUUGACAAACCGGCGACUCUGACGUCUCUCGGCUCACGUGUCAUUUAGGACAUGUGAUUAUGGCGUAAAAGGAUUUUGAGUUGUGAAAUGUCGAAUCUGAUGCACAUCCUGCCUGUCGUGUUCAACUGAAUUACAAACCUUCCCACUACGUCCCUGGAAACUUUGGGGAAAAUGUCAGCAUGGUGUAUGACUGACGGACUUCUUCCUUGUUGCAUUGGAUCGGUGCAUCCUGAAAGCUCCACGUAAAAGGAAUAUACAAUCCAGUUCCCAAAGUGCUGCUUUAUUGGAUUACAUGUGAAAUCAAAGUUUUGGUUUCUGUUCCUUGUUUUAUGAACGAACUUUAUCAUGUUUUUGCAUCCUUGAGCCCCAUCCACGGAGGUGUCCAUGGCUGUAAGGGAAGUGUGUACCGUAUGUGACCGAGAGGGAGAGGAUACUCACUGUGCCAGUGUCAUAUCGGGUAAAUAUCACCAGUGCCACGUCACGACAACUGCCAAGUUUGACUCAUCACGUCCUCUCCAUGUUAUCUUGUUUCAUCUUUUUGUGUGUGUGUGUGUACUGACGCUGUUGGAAUUCUUGAGGCAGGUUUUUGUUUUCCGAUUAAAGCAAAAUCGUGUCUCCAGUAAUUGGAAUUGUGAAAGUGUCUGGAUGUGAUUUAUUUCACACGAGCGUGAGAGUGUCCUGUUCAGCUUCCUUGACCAUGUAAAUUGUUCAAACGUGUUUUCACAACUUUUCUGUCCCUAUUAAAAUGCUGAAUUGAUUUCAA